AUUAUCUCUCAAAUCGUUUUACAUCUGCAGGGAUGAUCUCGCAUUGCUCUGCAAUGAUAUCAUAUUUAACACUAUCUGCUAUGAUUUUGUUUGUCAGCUCUAUAAAUACAGAAGGAUCCGUUUGCCUCAAUGCAAGUGCUAAGGACUUAUUGAUAACAGAGGACAUCUGGCGAACUACAUCAGGCAAGCCCAUUGGCGACCUCUGGAAUGCUUUAACAGCAGGCCCAAGGGGACCAAUGUUGUUGGAGGACCUGCAGUACAUUGAUUCAGCUGCUCAGUUCAACAGGAGAAAAACAUUGGAACGGGUCGUCCACACUAAAGGAAACACAGCUUUUGGUUAUUUCGAAGUCAUGGAUGAUAUCACACGUUAUACGAAAGCGAAUGUUUUUGACAGAAUUGGAAAGAAAACGCCAGUAGCUGUUCGAUUUUCUAAAACAUUUGGAGAAAAAGGUUCUUCUGAUACAGUGCGAGAAAUCCGAGGCUUCGGAAUCAAGUUCUAUACUGAAGAAGGCAACUGGGACCUGGUAGGGCUCAACUUCCCCGUCUUCUUUGCCCGAGACCCAAUGGUUAUCGUCAAUGUCGGUAAGGUCUUGGGAACCAAUCCGGUAUCUGGAACGAGGCUCAACACAAGAACUUUUUGGACAUUCCUUUCUCUUGUUCCGGAAUCAAUGGCAGUAGUUAUCCUCUUGUUUUCAUCGAAAGGAAUUCCACUAAGCUAUAGGCACAUAGAUGGUUUCGCUGUCAACACCUUCACACUAAUCAAUGCUAAAGGGGAAACAUUUUAUUGCAAAUUCAAUUACCUGACUAAUCAGGGAGCACGAAACAUGACAAAAAAGAAGGCCUUGAAAUUAGCGGCUUUGGAUCCGUAUUUCCACGGGCGAGAUCUUUACCGGGCCAUCGAAAGUCAAGAUUUUCCAUCAUGGACGCUAUUCAUACAAGUCAUGACCGAGGAGCAAGCGAAGGAAGUUUCUUUCAACCCCUUCGAUCCUACAAAAGAGUGGAAUCAAACAGAAUUUCCCAUGAUUCGAGUAGGAAGAAUUGUACUCAACAGAAACCCGACUGACUUUGAUACUGAAGUGGAACAAAUAGCUCUCUGUCCCUCAAAUUUGGUGCCGGGGAUUCAACCAAGUCCAGACAAGAUACUUCAGGGCCGGAUCCUCGCAUAUCCAGAUGCUCACAGACACAGACUUGGAGUCAACUUUCAUCGAAUUCCCAUCAACUCUCCGCUCCAGCCUCCACUUCACAGUUGGAAAGCUGGUUUCGCUGAAAAUACAGAAGGCAAAUUACGAAGCAGUGUCAACAUACUGAGGACUCUCCGCAAUGAGGUUGCACUUGAGACUCCAUAUGACGUUUGUGGCCAAUCCAAGAGACACGAUUCUUUGAACGAAGACAACUUCUCACAGGCUAGAAUUUAUUACAAAAACUUAGAUGAAACAGAGAAAAACAAUUUGAUAGAGAAUCUUUUGGAAGGGCUAGAAAUGGCUUCCAAUAUUCCCGAAGAAGUAUUUGAUUACUUCCAACAGGUGGAUGUCGAGCUUGGUAGAAGAAUUUUAGAAGCGUUUAGAGAAGACAGAUAGUUGGAUUAUAUACGUAGAAUAGCAGAAAAGUCCUGCAGAUGAAUCCGAAAUGACAUGCGACAAUCUUCAUGUGAUCUCUUAAAGAGAUAGUUUCGAAAAAAAAAGAGCUUUGCACCAUUUUACGGUUUGUAAUGUAGUGUGUAUGUAUGUGUUUCUUU